CUCACUUUGAUGCCCAGGCUGGAGUGCAGUGGCAUGAUCUCAGCUCACUGCAACCUUCGCCUCCUUGGUUCAAGUGAUUCUCCUGCCUCAGCCUCCAGAGUAACUGGGAUUAGAGGCAUGCGCCGCCAACAUGCAUGGCUAAUUUUUUUGUAUUUUUAGUGGAGAUGGGGUUUCGUCAUGUUGGCCAGGCUGGUCUCGAACUCCUGACCUCAGGUGAUCUGCCUGCCUUGGCCUCCCAAAGUGCUAGGAUUACAGGCGUGAGCCAACGCGCCUGGCCGAGAUGCUUGUUCUUUCCAGAACCCAGGGUACUGAAAGGCCAAACUCAGUAUGAGGCUGGAGAUGCUGUUUGUUUUCGGCUCUGAGCCAGGGUGAUCUAGGGAAGGAGGGGUGCUUCACAUCGGAAGACAGAAUGAAGCUCCUCCACAACCUCAUGGUGGGGCCUUGGGAGGGCUGCUUCCUCUUCGGUAGCACUGGCUCUACCUCUGUCAAAGGCUCUGAGGGGAUCUGGCUAUAGAAAGUGAGCUCUAACUUGUCACAGUUGUUCUGCUGGGAAGGGAAGAACAGCCUGAGGGUUCUCUCUACAAGUUCUCCAGAGCAGGACCUCCAGAGGCCUGGCCAGCUUAGAGGAGUUUAUUGCACUAUCGCCUAGCACAGUUACUCCUAAUCUGUAGGGUCUGAUUUAUAUUUUUAAAGCUUUUUAUUAGAGAAUCAAGCAUACACAAAAGUAGAGAGACUGCUAUAAUAACACCAAUGUGCCCAAGCUUCAGUGGUUUUGAAGUCUUCUCUUAGUCAGUCUUCUUUCAAGUAUAUUCCUGGUCCUUUCUGCCCUCUGACAAUUUUGAAGCAAAUCCUAGACAGCUGAAUAUUUCAUCUCUAAAGAAAGGGACUUCCAGCUGGGUGCAGUGGUUCAUGCUUGUAAUCCCGGCACUUGGGGAGGUCAAGGCGGGCAGAUCAUCUGAGGUCAGGAGUUUCAGACCAGCCUACCCAACAUGGUAAAACCCCACCUUGCAGCUUUUUGGCUAAGAUCAAGUGUAAAGAUAGGGACUCUAAGAAAAAUACCAAAAUAUGAUCACACCUAAACAAAAUGAACAAUUCCUUAAUGUAAUCAACUGUCCUGUUACUGUUUAUAUUUCCCUGAUUAUAUAUAUAUAUUUUUCUAGUGUUCUUUUAAAUUUGGAUCCAAAUCAGGUCCAUUCACUGUGAUUGGUCGUUAUAGCAUUUAAAUCACUCCUAAUCUGUAGGUGUUCUCUCUCUCUCUUCUGAAGAAACUGGAUUAUAUGUCUUCUCUUUUUUUUUUUUUUUUUUUUUUUUUUUUUUUUUUUGAGACAGGGUCUCACUUUGUUACCCAGGCUGGUCUCAAACUCCUGGCCUCAAGUGAUCUGCCCACCUUGGCCUCUCCAGUAGCUGGGAUUACAGACAAUGAGUCACUGCAUGCAGCUUGGGUGAUUGUCCUGUAGAGUUUUUCACGUUCUGGAUUUGGCUGAUUGCAUCCUCAUCGUGUCAUUUCACAUGUUAUGCUGUCCCUGUAGUUCCUGUAAAUGUAGUUAGAUUUAGGGCUUAAUCAAAUUCAGGUUCCUUUAAUUUACUUAUUUGUGGGACAGAGGCAAGAAUCCAUUCGUGGUAUGCACAUCUAUCAGGAGGCACACGAUGUCUGGUUGUCUCUUUUUUUGUGUGAUAUUGGCAGCCUAGAUGAUCUUUGCCUAGCUCCAUUAAUCCAUUACAGGCUAAUUGCCUAUUAAUGACUCUCUAAUUAGACGUUGCUUCUUUGAUCUCACAGUAAGCGAUCUUUUGCUUUGGAAAGAGGCCCUUCUCUGGGAGGUGUUGUUGUGGUAGAGGCUCUGGGGUGGCAACAGGAUGGCCCACUCCCACCUGUUCUGGCUUCUCUGUGGAUUGGUAAGACACGGGCCCCAUGAAGGCCAGGUUGAAGGUCCUGGAAAGAGUCCUUUGCAUUGCUUUCCAGUCAUGUUUUAAGUCUUCGUACUGAUGGAGGGAGUCAGAGCCUGAAACAUUCCAAAUAACUUUUCCAAUUAGCUCUGAAGUACAGUUCAGCCAUGUUUAAUCAAAUUAAUGCUCAGACACAAAUCUUUCCCGACUAGCCCCUAUAAUCACCCCAGGCUCUUUCUACUAUCAGUGACCUAACAAUAACUCUAUAAUAAUAGCUUACAGUCUACAAAACAUACACACACAAGAAGUAGUGCAACACAGAGGGUAAGAGUGGAGCUUUGAGGUCAGCUGGGUUGGCUGCGGACUGUGGCUCCACCACUGUCUAGUUGUUUGGCUUUGGGCAAGCUAGCUAACUUCUCUCCACAUUAGUUUCUAUCCAGCCUUAUAAGGUUGUUAUGAAUAUUAAGUGAGAUGAUAUAAACAAAGAGCUCAGCACAGUGCCUGGGAUAUAGUAGAUGUGCAACAAAUGUCAGCUAUUGUUAUUUUGAAAUCAUCUACUCAUAGCAAUCUAGUAUCUAGCUGCAAGACUGUGCAGACACUGCACAGGGACAGAGUAGCAGCAGACAAUCGAAAGUUGACUGUGAGGCCGGGCACAGUGGCUCAAGCCGGUAAUCCCAGCACUUUGGGAGGCUGAGGCUGAUGGAUCACCUGAGGUCAGGAGUUUGAUACUAGCCUGACCAACAUGGAGAAACCCCAUCUCUACUAAAAAUACACAAUUAGCCAGGCAUGGUGGUGCAUGCCUGUAAUCCCAGCUACUCAGAGGCUGAGGCAGGGAAACCCGAGAGGCAGAGGUUGCAGUGAGCCGAGAUGGUGCCAUCGCACUCCAGCGUGGGCAACAAGAGCGAAACUCUGUCUAAAAAAAAAAAAAAGAAAGAAAAUUGACUGUGGUUUGGGUGCAAUGGCUCACGCCUGUAGUCCCAGCACUUUGGGUGGCCGAGGCGGGAGGAUCACCUGAGGUCGGGAGUUUGAGACCAGCCUGGCCAACAUAGAGAAACCCCGUCUCUACUAAACAUACAAAAUUAGCUGGGCGUGGGGGUGCAUGCCUGUAAUCCCAGCAACUCAGGAGGCCGAGGUAGGAGAAUCCCUUGAACCCAGGAGGCAGAGGUUGUGGUGAGCCGAGAUCACGCCUCUGCACUCCAGCCUGGGCAAGAAGAGUGAAACUCUGUCUCAAAAAUAAAUAAAUAAAUAAAUAAAUAAAUAAAAUAAAAGCAACUUCUUUCCUUUUUAUCCCAGCCAGGGUCAUCAGAAAGCAGCCAGGGCUGCAGCUCUAAUUUUGAGAAUAAUGAGGUUUUAUCCAGAGAAGUCAGGGAACUGGCUUUCAGAAACACAGUGAGUCAGAGGAUAUGCCUCAAAUGGGAAAGGAAAGCCAGCCAUCCCAGCUCUCUGAUACCUGCCCUGUCCUUUCCUUAGGAAUGGGAGCAAGUGAGAAGAAAGGAGAGAGGAUUGGGGUUUGGCUUAUACUUGCUCUUGUAUUUUUCCCUUUUGGAGGCCUGGGCUGUCUCUUGCCCUUGAGGCAGGCCCCCUGAGUCCUUGGUCUAGAGAGCUAGGUGGCUGUGCCUCCUCCCCAGGAGCUUGUGGUCCCCUGGGGCCUGGCACAGCUGCUCGCCCAUCUGCCCAUGCAGAUCAGAGAUGGAAAUCUGCAGUUAGACCACUGGACACCACAACGUGCAUGGACAGAUGAGGAAGCCUGCUUGCAAGGUGCCAAUCAAUGACGGGGCUCUCAGCGCUCUCCUGGGCCUCAGUGGGCCAGAGACUGCAGGCCAAGAGGGGCUCCCAGAAGGGGCCCGUCGGCAUCAAGGCUCACUUGUCCUGUGCUAGUUCCUUAUCGCUGUCUACUUCCUGUACCUCUCCACAUGUGGGGCACUAGAGACACAAGACACCCUCUGUGGGCCUUGAGAGGGAGACAGAAAGGAAUGGAGCUGGGGAUAAAUCAGGAGUGAGGCCUCAGCACCAGGUGGGUGGGAGAGGUAGGAAGGACAAACAAGCAGGAAGCCCUGGUACUGCUUUCUUGGGCAUUAAACGAGGAAGAAUGGUGCAAAGUGAACAAAAUGAAAUGCUGUAUUUCUGUUUCACUGGGCUCGCGCCUGUUACAUCCUUGAGCUACUUCUUUUGCUGGGAGUUCAGCCUUGUGACUCAAGCAUGUGAGCAGAGAGUGGCAGGGUUUCUAUCCCAGGAGGAGGAGGAGGGGAUGGAGAGAGACUGGGGAAAGGCUGAAACCCAAGUAGCUGCUUUGUCCACAAUUCCCUACUACAGAGGCUGCCGUACUCAGCGCGCUUCUGCCUGGACCACUCCAUGCCUAAGUGCGGAGGCCCCAGGGUUUGGGCAGUGAGCAGUUCCUCACCCUAUUUGGAUCAUAUAGGAAGGAGGGAGCUAGUGUAAGGAUGAUGAAAGGCAGUGAAUGCUGAGUGAGGUCAAGUCCUAGUGCUGAGCUCCAUACUGGCACACAGAAGGCACUCAUAAAAUAUAUAUGGAAUGAAUGAAUGAACCAACCAACCAAGGAGAAGGAAAGGGGUUUGAUUACAUUUAUCCUCCGACUCUUAAUUCUCUAGCUUAAUCCCUAGCAGUCAGAUUUAGGGCUUGGACAGCAAAAAUUAUUUGCUAGAAAUGUGUUGUGAGUGGGUGUAAGGCUCAAUGAUCUAUCACCUGGAGCACUACUUUGUGAAUUAACCAGGCUUUUGGUUCUCUUCUUUCUCUUUUGUCUCCAUGCCUCUGUGGUGCUCACUUGGGUUUGGGAGGUGGCACGGACUGGGGCAGCCAUGCAAAGUCUUGUUAGAAUGAGAGCUGGGAAGCCUCUGUCUAUCUGUGCUCUCAUGGCCCUUUUUGGGUUCUGAAUAUGGGUCUUGAUUGUCUCUGUUUCUUUGCCAGUGCUUUGCACAUAGUGGGCACUGAUAGAACAUUUGAUGAGCUAAGACGUGACCGUGUGUUGGCACAGGCAGGAGGGAGAAGCUUCACUCUCCUGGCUGGUUGGGUCUAAGGGAGAGAGGAGCUGAGUGUCUACUUGUGCCCUCUGGUCUUCACAAACUGAAGGGCACUGUUGGAGCCGGGCUCUGUUUCAGCUGGCAGAAGGGGGCAUGGAACUGGAGCUGCCCUCAGCCAUGGAGAAAGUUGGCCACAGCAGGACUGGACACGUGGAGCGCUCAGAGCCUGCCUCACAAAGCAGCUUAGGAGAAAAUUAAGUGGACUCAAGCCAGGGGAAGCAUGGCUCACUGUGCUGGAUGCAUUAGGGAGACGGCUGGACAGGGUGAGGAAUGGGGCUUGCUGUGGGCAGAGGGACUCUGCCCCUUUUGUGUUCAGCCCAGUCUAUAUGUUAAUGGCAGCCCAGCGGUGCUUGGCUUUGGCAGCCUGGAAAUGGCAGCUACUACUUCUCCCUAUGCUGCCCUUCCACCCCUUGUUCGCCUGGGCCCUGAGAUCUCUGCAGGACUAAGUGACCUUAGGGACAGGCAGAGUAGAGUCUUGCGCCAAGGCCUCCUGGGUUUGUUCACAGGCUACUCUAAGAAGCCACCAAUAAGGAACUUUCUCAGGGCUCAGGGUCCUGAGCACCUUUAGAAGUUUCUAAGAGGAUUUUGUCUUCCAGAUAGGAAGGAAAACCCAUCCAGAUCUUAUAGAGGAACCAAAGCCCAGCGAGGCAGUUAACGUGUGUGCUGAGGGCUCACCAAGCAGGCAGCUGGGCAUUCGGGCUCCUAGUCCUGGGACCUGAGCUCUCAAUAUUUCUGAGCAUGAAGAUCUCAUGUGGUGCCCAUUGGUUCUUUGUCAAACCAGAUAUUUAUUUACGUGAGUUCUUUGGUAGGACAACCAAUUUUUCUCAGUGUGCCUGAGACUGUCCCGGUUUGAGCACUGAAAGUCCCGGGCAAACUGGGACAGUUGACCACCAUGUCCCUAAGGAUUCUCCCCCUGGCAGCCCUCUAAACCCAGUUUGCAUUUCUCUUUAUUGCUUUAAUUGCAGGAAACAUUUCUUCCUGACAUUCGUUUUCUAUGGGCUGACCCCAGAGAGCUGAACUUGUAGAUAACUGGGAAGUAAUGUUGCCUACCCAAGGUGCCUGACACUAGACUUUCCUAUCUCUCAGGAGCUCUAAGACAAUCAAAAUAGUUGCAUCUCUCUAAAUGCAAUUGGGGUAACUGAAGUACAGUGUGGAGGUGGCUCCUGCCUCUCCCUUGCUGAAAGCUCUGAUCAAAUUCUGUAUUCCUGGGAGGCUGAGGCAGGAGAAUGGCGUGAACCUGGGAGGUGGAGCUUGCAGUGAGCUGAGAUCACGCCACUGCACUCCAGCCUGGGCAACAAAGUGAGACUCCAUCUCAAAAAAUAAAUAAAUAAAUAAAAUUCUGUAUUCCUGCAUCUCCUCUCUUCUAAGUAACUCAGGCAUCAUGUGAUCUCCAGUCUCCUUUAUCCAACACAGUCCCUAAGCCAAAGGACAAAGACACAAACAGGUGACCCAAUACCCUUUUAAUGAAUGGAGAAACUGAUGUCUAUGGAAGGUUUAGUAAGCUAUUGGCCUCAGGUCAGAUAAAAACACCAGGAUCCUAAUCGACUUCCAAUUCAGCACCUUUAGACAUAAAGCCUUCAGCUUUUGUGACUUCUGGAAUAGUCUCUCCACUUUCACUCAUUUCUUCUGAAUUGUAUCCCUCCCAGAUAAGACUUUGUCAGAGAAACUCAACCUCAGAGAAAACUGUUUCUAAGUUCUCUUCAUUUGGUUCCUUUCCUUGUCUUAUUGAUGGUGAGACAUUUCUGUCUCAUCACGAGCUGCCUCUCUAAUGGGAACUGCAAAGUAGCCAGAGCUGGAGUUUCCUAUUGCCCAGCCCUGCCCUUCGUAUCCUAUCCCAUAAAGGGCUUAUUCAUUGAGGCCCCUUUCUUUAUCCUAUUUAUAAAUCUUUUCAGCAUGUCUUUGUGCCCAGUGACAAAUCCUAUUCUAUCCUCUACUUCAGCCUUUGAGAUACUAAAAAUUUCCUUCCAUCUUCAAAAUCCCUUCACGAUCCAUAGCCCUGACUCUUACCAGGGAUGCCUGGCAAUCAAAGUCAGAGCAAUCAAAGUCAGUUUCUGGGAUGUGGACCCCAAAGAGGGCUCCUGAAGUCCUCGUGCAGCUGAAACACAUCCCUACUGGCUGGACUUUUACUGCACCUCAUCAUAGCUAGGAGUGACUCAUGCAGACUCAAGCAGAACCCUGGGGCCCAGGGCAGAAGUGUGACUUCAGGUCUCACUCAGCACUCAUCAGAACACUCACUCAGUAUGCUUGUAAUUCGAAUUGAGUGAUCUCAUGGAUGAACUGUACUGGGCUAACUUGAAGAGCACAGCUCUGGAGUCAGUCUGCCCAGGUCCUUUCCAAGUCCUGCCACUCCAUCCUCAAGCAGGAUAUUUAACCUGAUUUUGUCUCAGGUUCCUCAUCUUAAAACAGAGGUCAUAACAACAACCAUCUCAAAAGGCUGUUGUGAAGAUCAAAUGAGUUGCAUUUAGAAUUAUGCCUCACACAAGUAUGCACUCAAUAGAUAGCUAUUAUUAUAAUACUAGGUAGCUUACACCCUCUGCCAUUUACCUCUCUAGUAAGCUGUUUAUUCAUUUGACAAACACAUACUGAGCACCUAUUAUGCACCAGGAAUACAAGUACAACCUUGUUGAAGCUUUCCAGUUACACAAGCAGUUUAUAAUGCCCUCUAAUUUCACAUUAGCUUUCUUUCUUCUGAAAUGUCCAUUUGGCUGUGACAGCAGUUGAGAAGUCAUCACUUUGGUCCCAUCUAGCUCUCAGUGAUCCUAGUCUGCAUGUUGUGGGGCAAAGGCCACUUGCCUUGGGAGUCAGAGGACCUGAAUUUCUAUUGAUGAUUCAGCUGGUAACCAGCUGGGAUCUAUUGGACAGGUUGCUUCAUCUUUUCUGAGCCUCAGUGUCUCCAUCCUACCUUGAGGGGUGCUGCGGAGAUAAGAUGAGAUAACGAUGCAAAAGACCUAUUAAAUGUCAGGUGCUAGGAUGGAGCAAAGAGAAGACAGUCCUUGGGAGAGUGCCCCUUCUAAGUGCAGAGGGGGGCCUCCCCCAGGCAAGGCUCUGAAGAUAAUUAACAUGAGUGCAAGCUCCCGGAGGGCACUGAGUGUCAGGGCCUAGCACAGUGUGCUGUGGCACAUAGUAGAUACACAGUUAAUGCCUGCCACAUAGCUGUAUACCCUUAGCAAAUGUUUGUCAAAUGAAUAAAUGUGACAUAAAUGGCUCUAACCAAUGUAAAAGCGGAGAAGGCAUUAAGUUCCAAGGAAAUGCAAAGCAAAGGGAAGGUCAGGUUUGGGCAUGGUCUAUCAGGGAGGGCUUCCCGGAAGAGAUGACUUAGAUUUAGGUUGGGAAGACCUUGCAUCCACAGAAUGAUACUCCAUGGGACAGGAAGGGAAUUUGCAAAAUGCGUAGGGCCAGUUAGCUUGGUUGGGGUGGGAAGAGCGGUCCCCAGAAUAAAAGGAGUAGGAUAGGAGUUUACAUGGGCAGUAGCUACAAUUGGGUUUUGAGAGAGUAAACACUUGGUUGGGGGAAUGUGGAGAAGCAUGUGUGAGGAGUGUGAUUAUGGCUGGUGCGGAGUAGACCACAGGAGGCCCAUUAUCUGCUGCCUGCCCAUUAAGGAAAGAAUCCCAGUGGCUGAUAGCUCUGGAUAAUAGUGACAGUGGUUGAAGCUAUGGGGGCCUGGGACUGCCUGAGACCACCGGCUAAGCAGCCAGUUUCUAUUGUCCACUAAUGGCACUUUGAAGGUGGCAAAAGCUGGAUGGCAGCAGCCUGCUGUGCGACCCCACUGGCUUCCCAAGUCACGCCAGGGAGCUGGUGUGGCUCAUUAAGAGUCCUGAGAACUUCUGUUGCGGUGGAAAGCAAGGGCACAGAGAACUUCCAGAAGGAUGCCGGGGCAGCUAGGACUAAAGUCAUCCAGUUUAGAGCCUUGAGGUGAAUAGAUCAUCAUUUCCUCCCCUUAAACAAGGAGUCUGGGCACAAAUAGGCGCUCAUUGUUAGUGUGUUAAAUUGGGCAGCAUGAGACUAAAGGGGUGUGUGUAGGGGGGCGGGUUCAGACGGACCUGAGGUCCUGUGCAAGCUCUGCUGCCUCUGUAUGAUAUUAAGAAAGCUUCCUAACCUCUCUGGGCACCACUUUUCUCAUAUAUGAAGUCAGAGUAACAAAGAUUUUUGCCAAAGAGUUAAUUCGAGGACUAGCUAAGGUGUAGAUAACAGUGGCUACAUAGCACAUGGUAAACUGCUCCACAAGUGGUGGUGGUUUAUGUUUUUAGUUUCUUCUCAAUAUUUUUUAGUCUCCUGCUGAGGGAGAGAAGGCAGAGCAUGCCCUGCCGGAGCCCCAGGGGCAGCUCCUGGGCCUGCCUUUCCUGACUCAGCAGCAGGCUGGGCCCACUUGGGCCUGCACUGCCUUAAGCACUGGGGCCAGCAGACUGUGAGCCUGCCCUUUUCUCCUUUCUAUUCUGGCAGACACACAGCAGACAUUUAUUAAAUGCUUGUUGAAUGAAAGAUGCAUUUGACAUGGUCCUUGUCCUUUCCGUUUCACAGUCUAGCAGGGGAGAUACACUUGUAAACAAAGGAUGAAGAAAAAUAAGAUCAGAUGCAUAGAGUGGUUUGCAAACACAGAGGGAGGAAGACUGCCUGGGUGGAAGUAAAAAGUGGCUGUAGGGUCAGGUUUAGGUUGAACCUUAAAGUAUGGGAAGGGUAGGGUGGAAGGGAUGAGGUUCCAGCAGAAGAAACAGCAUGCACAGAGGCUGAGAUGCAGGAGGAAGCAUGGGCGCCGGAACCAGAUCAGCAGAGUCAGAGGCUGGAGCACAGAGUGCACUGCAGGGGGGCAGCAGGGGAGGCUGGAAGGUGGGCCAGCCUGUGAAAAGCCUUGACAGCCCUACACAGGAGGCUGAACUUAAUCCUUUAAAAGUUAUAAGCAGACAUGGGGCACAAUCAAUUUGCGUCCUUUCCUCUCCUUGCUCCCAUCCUUAUGGUCAUGUGCAGAUCCUCAGGAUUCUGAGGAUCAGAGAGGCUUGUAGCCUGCCUGAGGGUGCACAGCAUGUUAGCUGUGAGGUCAGAAUGAGAGUUCAGUGCCUUUGGCUUCCCCUGAGUGGUGCUUUAUGUAGUGGACAGUCCUGAUGAUGUUGCCUGACUCCCUCUACCAUCCUUGUGGGCAGCCAUGGCCUCUGGGUAACACUAUUCCAUAUUCUGACCCGAAACAACAGCCUUGUCCAUUUAAAGAGCCUAGUGUGAUUGAGCCUGGACCUCCCCCUUCAUCAUCCGCCCCCUUCUUUGGCACAAAGGAGAAGCUACAAGAUCCCUUGGAAAUAGCCUCCUGCUUCAUUUCCAGGUGCUGGGCUGCCUGGCAUGUACCAGACUUGGCUUCAGAACAUGUUUUUCAAAAGAGAUCAGGCAGGCUUUGCAGAAUGUAAUGGCAUUAUUCUGGGUUUUUUGGGGGAAGGCUAAGAACCCCUCUCUCCCACUCCCCAUUCUACACACACAUACUCUAGAGAUCGAGCUCCAAGAGUGCCGCAGGCCAGCCCAGUGUGCUGUGCGUACAAGAGGUCUCCACAGAGCACGUGGAGGGAGCAGUUGAUGUAUGAGCAAUAGCCAUGUGGGGAGAGAUAGGGGACCCAGCACUUUCCAGAAAAGAAGGAGGAGCUGUGGGGCCCCACAUGGGCUCAGCAUAAACAGGGCUGACCGAAAGUUUCCCUAUCUCUUUGCCCCAGGGAAAUUCCAGAGAGAAGCCAAGUUGCUAAGUUAUGGUUUCUAGUUGUUUCCCUGAGUCAUGCAGGCACCAAGCCUUCUCAGAGCCCCUUCCUAUAGAAGCCACUGCUCCUUCCCACCCACAGUCUCCUGGGGAGCUGAGCUGCGAGUAUGGUGAAUCCAGAUGGAGGGCAUGGCUCCUUCCUCAGGGCCCUGCUGGCACCAGCUCCCCACCUAAGAAGCACCCCCCAUGCUCACCCCUACCUCGGGGGUUGGGAGUCAAGUGGAGGGGUCUACCCAGUGUACAUUGCAUGCCGCCAUCCUCCUAAAUCCACUUCCAUCACCCAAGACAGCACCGAGCCUCCAUUAAAUAGGUGGACAUGGAGGCAUGAAGGGGUGGUGGAGCAUAGCAUUCCCCCCAGGAAGAGGCAGCUGGUUCUUUGUUCCCUUCCUUAUGGUGGGAAAGGAGAGAAUAAGGAUGAUGGGGCAGCAGUGUCUUAAGUCUUGUGGCUUCCUGGCCCCUUGGUGGCUGAAAGGCCACUCUGCUACUAGUGCUCUCUAGUUAUAUCCCGGAUGGACUCUAGUAGGGCAGCCUGUUCCACUCGUCCCUGUUAGAAUUAGACCCGCAGAGGGUGGUGUACCAUGAUUCCAUUGAACUGGCUUGAGAUGACCAUGAGCUCCUGGUACCCACUCACCCACUCUUCCUCCCUCCGUCCUCAUCCCUGCCCGCCCUGUCCCUUUCUCCCUUCUCUCUUUCCUCCCUCUGUAUGUCUCCCUUCUGUCCUCCCUUUCCUCCCUUUCUUCCCCAAAUAUUUAUUGAGAAAUGUUUAUAUGCCAGAUACCAGGAAUGCAAAGAUGAGUAAGACACGGCCACUGCCCUCAAGGAACUCAGAGUGCUGUGGGGGAGGCAGACAUGUAAACAAAUGACUGCAAUGCAGGACAACAGGCGUGACUCAGAAAUACCUGCUUCUGACUUACAGACAAAGCGCACAGGAGGGAGGGACCACUCCUGUUGGGUGGGGACAGGGGAUGUAUGGGGACUAGAAGUGCCUACUAGCUCUAAAAGAAGCCCGCCUUAAUGGGAUCCUCCCUCGCUUACGUUCACACAGUUGUGACAAUGAGUAGGUCUCUUAAUGUCUCUUGAUCUCAAUUUCCUCGGUUUUUAAAAAAAUAGUGUAUGUUUGGGGCUUACCACAGAAUGAAAAGAUAUGAAAAGUCAUGGGUUAUACCCAGUAUGAGGAGAUAGUUAGCCAGCUCUCAUUUGUAAGGACAGUGAAUAGGACACGGAAUUUUGGAGGAAACGGUCUAUAAGACUGACAGCCUGCUCCUCCUCCUGCUCCCAGUGUUAUGAAAUGUUCCAUAGCACAGGAAAGGACUGUGGGCGCCUCACGGGGAAAGGAGAGUGAUUCCACAGUUACAGCCCACUCCUGUCUUCUUUCUCCUCUUUCCUUCCCACCAGAAGUGUCCACUGGGUUGAUGUGGCACAGGGUCAGUUCUAGAGAUGAACCGAGUACCUUGUUUUUGGGGGACUUUGCAUAGUUAUCAAGAUGGGAAGGAAGCAAGGGCAGACUGGGAGAGCUAGGGACCACAGGAACUUGGAGAUGGAGAUUACCUGAUUUUCUGUUCUCCCAUUUACUGGACCGGAAGCCUUCCCUCUCUGCACUGCGGGCUCACUCAUAGAGUGGCCCCUGGCAAGUCAGAGAAUAUUCCCCUCCUAACAUCUCUGGACCAUGGAGAAAAUGAAACGAGACGUGCUCAGAAACAACCCGAGUCUUCCAGAAUAAAGGGUAUGGGAGAGAUGUAAUGUCAUCUGGUCAGGUUUGUACUGUUCAAAUUAAACGAGUACUUAAUGCAUUAUAUGCUAUGAGCCUGUUAACCAAGUUUAUUAUCGCCAGCUAUUGUAGUAGAAAGCUCUGGACUUUAUAUUGUGACCCUGGAGUUAUUGUUUCCUGAAUUCAAGCCACUUGAAAAUUAAAUUGCUUGGAUUUGAGGCGAGUGCCUAUGAGGCCACACUUAUGGAGCCACCUCUGUCACAGACAAGGCCACCUCCUCAGUGGCCAAAACUUCCGAGGGCCGGCCUUCCCCUGCUAUGCAAGAAGUUGGCUGCAAAGUGAAACAGACGCUGUAGUCCAGUGGUUCCAAGUCCAGACUUGGGAAGCAGAGUUCAAAUCCAGGCCCUGCUACUUCUUAGCUGUGUGGCAACUUAACUUCUCUCUGGUUCAGUUUCCUCACUUGUACAGCAGGGGUAAUAAUAGUACCUACCCUGCUGAAUUGCAUGUGGAGUAAAUGAGCCAAUUUGAAGCCCUUGGCCCUGUGCUCUCGGAUCCUCUACACGCUCUGUCCAGCCACUGCUCCUCCAGUGACCUCUGUCUCCUUCUCUAAAGCCAGGACAGACACCUGUGAAAUCUCCUGGGCACUGGGAAUUGGACUCCAAGAACAGAUUGUCUUUGGAGAGACACUUCUUAGCUUCUCCCACAUAGUGACUUUCAGUUUUUUCCCCACCCUACAGAAGGAUAUUUACCUUGUAAGCAAAGAUAUUCAUGCACGCACGUGUACACACACAUGCACUCAUGUGUGUAUAAGUGUAUGAAAUAACACUUUUAUAUAGCACUUGUGUAAAGUACUUUUCCAAAUGCUCCAUGAAUAUGGACUAAUACAGUCCUCACAAUAACGAUAUGAGGUGGAUACUGUUAUUGUCCUCCUUUUAAAAUGAAGAAAUGGAAGCAUAGAAAGAUUAAGUGGCUGAGUCAGGAUUCUCAUAUUGUGUGUGUGUGUUUUAACAAAAGUAUCCCAAAAUAAUACUUAUUCUUACCAAGUGCAGUAUACACUACGUUCUAUUCUGUUCCAUUAAAUUUUUAAGAAAUGCAUUUUUCCCAUGUGCCAAUUUGGAUUAUGUUUUACUAAUUUGAGUUCCCAACCCACCGAUGAUUCCAAAGCCACAGUUUGAAAGACACUAUCUGUAAGACAGGGUAGUUAGAGGAAAACUUCUGAGGAAAAAGAAAUGGCAGACUUCCUCCGUGUGGCUUGUGUUCAAAGGUGGGUGGAGAUCUAGCCGGGAGUGUUGGUGGGGCUCUGAGAUGGAUGAGAAGGUGCCUCCUGUUCCUAGAUGUGAGGUUCUAAAGAAAAUAGGCCCAGACCCUCAGAGCCGGCUGAGGAGGUGAAGGCUACAGGUGGGGCCGAGCUUGCAUUCCUGGUUGGGCAGAUUCUGCUGAUAAACUCUCCGAAGAGGCUUGGCUGCUGGAACAACAUCGCUGAUUGUUAUCUUAUCUCUUCCCAGACUCAAAUCAGGAAAGGCUUUCCAAACUGGAGCCCCUGCCUGGAGCUAGGACCCAGGGCUGCUAGCUGUCCCUGAGGGCCUCUUUAGGCCUGGAUUGGUAUUCUAUCAGCAGUACCCUAUGCUUAACUUUUUGGUUUAACUUUUUGAGACAUUUUUAUAUUUACCAAGUUAUUUUAUGCACAGAAGAGCUGAAUUUGGUGAGCACAGGUUCCAUUCCAUUCUACAGGUGGGGAAAAGAGGCUGAGAGAUGCUCAGUGAUUUGGUCCAGGCUGGAGGAGACUGGAAGGUACCUCCAGAUGUCCAGUUCUGGUUAUUUCAGCUGCAGAUGGCACGGUAGAUUAUGUGAUUAGCCUUGGAGAUGUUUAAGGAGUGGAUACGAAGAGGCCGCUUUAUCUGCCUGGGGUUCAUCAUUUGGCUUCUCCGUUCUUCAGCCCUAGUUGCCCCUGGUAAAAUACCAGUAGGGUGAUUGAGUCCCACCCUGGGAUAUCCUAACGCAGAUGCCAAAGGAAAGAGGAAUCAGCUGACAUCUUUAUUGAUUUCCCUAGUGGGGAAUGGGUUCAAAUAGGUAAGUUUGAUACCUGUAUUGAGCUCUCCAGUGGAGAAUGGGCUUAAAUUCCAGUUGGCCAGAUGAAAGUUAAAUCAAAGACUGGGAGGCCAGAAAAGAUGGAAACCGAGGGAAAUUGUGACCUUUUAGAAGGAUCUCCAUCUCUCUGGAAUGAGUUAGCCAAGUCACUGUGCCAAUGAGUGGGGAGGCAGGGCAAACUCAGCUCCGGAGGCUCUGCCAGCUCUGGGUGGUGCUGAGUGAACCCUACCCCCACAUAUCCUGCAAAGGCACUGGGAACAAGGGGUUGGGUACCCCUGGACUCACCCAUUGAAAGCAUUUCUCCCGUGUCCCUAUUCUGAGCGGCCUGCAGCUGUCUUUCCUGGCAGCUGUCUCCCUGAGCCUACUUGGGUUUCUUGUGGGCACAGGGAGUGCUCCAACACCCACUCUCCACAUCCUGUAUCGAGAAAGUCAGGUUCUUACCCAACCAGGGCCUCUCCUCCCCUUGUCAGUCCCGGUGUUUCUUUUAAUAGUUUAAAAAGUUAGAAAAAUAUUUUUCAGAGCUUUAGUUGCUCCUGAGAAAUUCUAGCUUCCUCCCACUGGGAGUGAGCCUUCAAAGAUCAUUUAUCCAUUGAUCAACGAGAAAAUAUUUAUUGAGCGGGAGCCACCUCGCGCAUUGCAUUACAUGCAUCGUGGGACUCCACACUCUGGCCCCCAAAUACCCGUCCAGCUUCAUUUAGUUAUGAGGAAUAAGCAAGCUCAUAAAUAGGAAGCAUUCCCACAGUGUCCAUAGUAAACACACAGUAAAUGUUUAUAGAAUUAUCGUUACUUCCCAACACGAACCUUGACCUAGUCCAGGUACCCCAGUAAUCUCCCGUCUCCUUAAUGUGACUCCCUCUAAAACGCCCAGCCUCCUCCUCUCAUGCUGUCGUCUCCACGCUGUGGCCUCCCCUGGGCAUCUCCCCGGCUCCCCACUCACGCUGCCCUCAUCCCAGGCUGCCUGUCAUGGGAGGAUGGUUUUGUUGGUUUGCUUUUAUCUGUAUCCACUCUCUAGAUUAGGGUUUCCUUGAAGGUGGGGACCACAUCUCUGCUCAGUCUCUAGCACUGUCAUGCUCAGGACAUUUCUAGGGAAUGACUGGCUAACAUAUGCCUACAACUUCACGGCGGAGGGGGUUUUCUGUGGGCUGGGGCUGUUUAACUGAAGCUUUCUGGAAGAGGUGGCAUUUGAGCUCAGCCCUAACACAGUGUCCACCGGCCUUCCCCUGGGAGAUUUGGAUUUAACAGGCAUCUGGGGGAGAGGGAAGGGGAAUGACGCUGCCAGAGCAGGAAUGCCUAAGGCCUUUCGGGGAAAUGUUGCAAAGUUCAGUCAGGUUGAACUAGAAAACUUACACAUGGAGCCAUAGAAUAUGACGUUUGAAAGAUGAGUGGGGACGUGCCGCAGUGGGCCUUGGAUGCCAAACCGUGGAGGUGGACCCUUAUGUAGCAGGCAGGGGAGGGGUAACCACUGAGGAUUUCUGAGCAGGAGAGUCACAUGAUGAAACAGGUAUUGAGCCAUAGCCAGUGGAGGGGAAAUUGGCUUUAAUUUUAAAGGCCAAGGACAGAGUCCUAAAUGUCCUCUUAUCACCCAUUUCAAGUGAUUCUUACUAUCUAACCUAAACCAUUCCUGCUGUAAUCAAAGUCCAGUUUGUCUCACAGGAACUGGAAAACAGCUGGACAGGGCUGUCAUUCUCCCAUUUCUGCCAGAGAGAACCCACAUAUCUUGGUGUGGUGCAGGAGUGUGUGCCAGCGUUCCGAGCCAAGCUGGCAGAGCUCUGGAUCACAUGAGGGCACCGAGGCCUACAUUGAUACCUCUAGGGGUUGGGUUUGGAGUCACUGAAGCCCCUGUGGAAUUAGAAGACCUGGAUCCGUCCCUGAGUACUAUUCCCUACUCCCCAAUACCAGCAUACAUGCUGUCCCCGUGAAAAGCUUGUGGGCAUCCAAACCAGCAUCUCUACCACCCCUGCGCCAUUGUGGAGGUAAGAGAUGAAGUGGAUAAAGGUCUCUGAGGCAGGGAGAUAAGGGCCUAGAAGAAAGACAAGCUUGACUCAGGGAAGGGCACAGGAGAAGAAGUUAAGGAGGAUUCUGCUAUUUCUCGCCCCAGCUUGGUUGGGGUACUCAUCUGACACCUGAGAGUGAGGUCCACCAGGAGCUACAGAGGCAGCAGGUGUCUGUCUAUUCCCCUCCAGUCUCCUUGGUUAGACCAUCCCCAGGCCAGGGGGAGUGGUGGCCAGUUAGGAUCAGUCUUGUCGUUCCAGGAUCCUUCUCUGCACUUGCUGUUGGCCCAGUCACUCCAUUGUCGUCUGCAGGAGUAUUGGAUGAAAUUCCAGAGACUUCAGUCUCUAAAGAAGAAAGCUUUUCUAGAACAGGGAAUUUAUUUCUCUCCCCGGGCUCACAGGGGAAGUGGAACAUUCCAUUUGAAGGGUGAAACAGGAACAGGUGAGCUACAGUUCAGACAACAGGACUCUGAGACACAGGUUGAGGGAGUGGCUGAGCCACUCACGCUGUCCACCUCUGUCUUUGCCAUCUUCUUAUCAAUCUGUUUGAGGGUACCUUGCUUCCUGUGCCCUGAUCUCAAGAUGCUAGGAUGGCAGGAUAUGGCUCUGGGACCCCUAAGGAAGACAGGUAAGAGGACAUCCCUCAGAAGAUCCUGCCCCUCCCCAUCUGGGGACCCUCACUUUCCCACCCACCAGUGCUGCUGUGUCCCACAAUUCUGAGGGCACCGUUCACAUUGUACUAUAUGGGAAUAGUACCCCCUGGGGUUGUGCAGAGGCCAGGAAGUCUGUGCCAGCAGAUAAGUAGGAGGGCAGAAUCGGACACUUUUCUGUGUUCUAGGCAAACAAUAGAGACCUUUCCAGGAAGCUCGGGGGAGGGAGCUGCCUGUAAGAGGAUCCCCGGGGAGAUGCUCUGUGGGGUGGCUUGAACGGGUUUCUGCAUUUGCUGCUGCUUGCUUAAUUAGACACCUACAUGGUGCUCUCUGCUAAUGACCAUGUCUCCCAGGGAGAUGACAGAUAGAAAGGUGGUUAGCUGCAGAAUGUCAGGUGAAAAUCUCAAAGACAGCCACCUGAGGAUGGGGGCAUGGAGGUGGAGCAUCAUAUGAUUUCCUUGGGCUAAUAUGGAAUAUAGACUGCCAACAAGAGAAUUUUCUCCCCAGGGACUGAGAAGAGAAGCAGUAGCCUCAAGGUCAGCUUCUUUCUUCAAUAGUAACAUCUUGUGUGAGCUCUGAACUCCUGACUGUGGUUUGUGCUCUUGAGAAAUGGAGAGGUCAUCCCUAUGUUCAGGGAGUCCCCGAGGCCAGAUGAGCCCAGGAAUGUGCAUGUUUCUGGAGGUAGGCAUCCUGGAGUGGAGGACAACCCGGUGUUUUUCCAGCACCCUGUAAGUUAGGUUGAAAAGAUGAGCCGUGUGGGGAGGCCUGACUAUUGUGUGAAGUGCAUCACUAAGAUGGUGAACUCCAACAGGGCGAUUAGUCAGGAACCAUCCUGGGAUUUGGAGCUGAGCUUUGGAAAUGGGCUAAGGGCUGGGCACAGUUGGUCCCACUUGUAAUUCCAGUGCUUUGAGAAGCUAAGGUGGGAGGAACUCUUGAAGCCAGGAGUUCAAGACUGGCCUGGGCAACGCAAGGAAGGAAGGAAGGAGGGAAGGAGGGAAGGAGGGGAGGGAGGAAGGGAGGAAGGGAGGAAGGGAGUGAGGGAGGGACAGAGGGAGGGAAAGAAAAGAAAAGAAAAGAAAGAAAAUGGGCUAAGGGCCUGUGCUUUGAGAAGCUGAGGUGGGAGGAAUGCUUGAGGCCAGGAGUUCAAGACUGGCCUGGGCAAUGCAAGGAAGGAAGGAAAGAAGGAAGGAAGGAAGGGAGGGAGGGAGGGAAAAGAAAAGAAAAGAAAAGGAAAGAAAAGAAAAGAAAAGAAAAGAAAAGAAAAUGGGCUAAGGGCCUUGAUGCAAAUGCUUCAGAGCUUCUCAGAGAGUGUGCUAGAGGCAAACUGAUUUCUGCUGAUGACUCGGGAAGUGGCUGCAUUUUGGCGUUUGUGAUUCUUCUGUGCCUGUCCCCAGCACACUCUAGCCCAUCUUUGUGGAACUGGGAUUGUUGGGAUAUGGGUAAAGAGGUCCUGUGGUCCUCUCCUGGGUGAGCCAGCCAAAUACUUACCAAAGCAGCGCUGCCGAGAAAAGGUGCCAGGACCCAGGUGAACGUUGUGUUUGUGCUGCCCAAACAAUGCCAUGCUUCAUGGGGUCCUGAGCAUCCCAGCCCUGUAGUAAGGCCUGGAGCCAGACCCAAGCAAGGGCAGGUUGUAGGAAAGCACAGGACUGUGUGCCACUUGUGAGCCAGAAAGGUGUCACUCUGCCAUUGAGUGUUUCUGGAAUGCUUUGAGUGGUUUUGCUCUUGUUUCCUCCAUCCCAGGAAGGCCUGAACACCCCCAGAGGGUGGAAUCUGGAGAGGGACAGUAGGAUUUCUGUGUGCCGUUUAUCUCUCCCAUGCUUCUGAUGGAAAUGAUGGAAAUAAGCAUUUCUGCACAUUUCAGGGACAGAGUGAGGUUGGCAGAGAUGAUCGACUGUCAUGGAAGCCUUGGACUGUAGGGAAAAGACUGGGUUUUGAAGCUGAGUAGACCUAACUGAAUUUUGGCUGUGUCACUGACUAGUUGUGUGAUGCUGGGCAAGUUAGCUAACUCUUCUAACCAUGAGUUUUCUGUGCUAUAAAAUGGGAAUACCACCACCCACCUCCAGAGUUUCUGUAGGAAUUCAAUGAGACAAUAUGUAUAAAGCAUCUAUCCAGCACUGGCUCAAGCAUUAGGCAUUAGCAUUUUGUCAUGUAGCACCAACUUAAUGCCUAUAGUAGGAAGGGUAAGAAAUGGGCUGAGACCAGAGGAAAUGCUUUUGCACGAGGGAUUCAGUUUAGAUCUUAGGAUGCAUUUUCUGAGUUUAAGGAUUUUAGGGCCCGCAUGGCCAUGGGUGAUUGUGAAGUUUCCUCCUCUAAAGAAAUAAAAUGAUUCCCUUUAGAGUGUAAUCUUAGGGCUUUCAUGUUGGGAAGUAGGAAAAGGAAUUAUAUUCAAUUUCAUUCAAUAAACAUUUUUGAGCAAAGGUACUUUCAGUUCCAAAGAGUUGAUGAUUUUGUGUGUUUAAAAACCCUUUGAACAUCUUGGAAGGAAGAAAUAUUUGAAAACUGUAUUGUAUUUGGCAGUUAUCAUUAGUUUUUUUUUGUUACACUCAAGAAGCCUUAAUCUGCUUAGUUCUGAAACUAGAAACAAUGAGUAGAAGCAGAAUAACUUUUUUUUUUUUUUGACACAGAGUUUCGCUCUUGUUGCCCAGGUUGGAGUACAAUGGCGUGAUCUCGGCUCCCCACAACCUCUGCCUCCCAGGUUCAAGUGAUUCUCCUGCCUCAGCCUCCCGAGUAGCUGGGAUUACAGGCAUGUGCCACCACACCUGGCUAAUUUUGUAUUUUUAGGAGAGACGGGGUUUCUCCAUGUUGGUCAGGCUGGUUUCAAACUCCCGACCUCAGGUGAUCUGCCUGCCUCAGCCUCCCAAAGUGCUGGUAUUACAGGCAUGAGCCACCUCGCAGAACUUUCUAACAGCACUCUUCAACAAUGGAGCAGGCUACCUUCCAAAGUAGUGAGUGUGCUGUCUCUGCAGGAGUUCAAGCGGCCUGUGGAUAACCAUCUUUCACAGUGGUUGCUGAGGCCUUUUCCUGCACCGGCUGGGAGGGCAGACUGCUUAAUGCUGAGAUCCCUCCAAAAUGUGGGAGGCUCUCAUUCUGGGAUCACCAAAAUCUCCCAGCUGAGGAUAAGGGGUUUCCCUAACUCUAGGCUAAUGCACUAGAGAUUGGAAUUAGGGCGAGUUCCUCCCCACACCCGCAUCAUCACCGGAGGCAUUCUUCCUGACUUCCUUCUCCAAAGCAGAGCCUCUUUUCUCUCCCUAAAUGUCCUUUACUAUGAUUUUUUUUCCCAAAGUCUUUGAGCUUUUGUGUACUCUCCCUGCUGCAUGUCUCAGAACCGGCUUUUAUUGUAGAUGAGUCUUUGCCCUCUGUUCCUAAUCAUUUCUAGCAGGAUGAGAGAUUGGCAAUCAAGCAACUAUUUAUUGCAUCUCUACUACGUACAAGGCAUUUGUAUAGGAGCUGAGAGGGAAGGCAAGGAAUUGCAAUAAAUAGUCCAAUCCUUAAAAAUCUUCAGUCUCUCUUUUGGAAAAACGUUUUUGGCGUAAAAAGUCAGUUGAGGGUCAAGGUUGUAUGUAAAUGACAGUUGAGUGGUAAAGACAGUAGUAGGAAUGUGGGAAGGGGAGGGAGUAAGAGAUGGCCAGUAGUAGGCUGAGGCACUUUGGUGAACUGGGCCAGUGGAUUUCAGAUCUGACUGCUGUUGGGAUGAGAGACUGAAAUAGAAGAGUCAAAGUUGACCUGGCAGUUAUAACCCUGUUUAACCAGGAGAGUUAACAUUGACAUUGAUAGAAGUAAGAGUGAACUUAGAUGGGGAGCCCAUUCAUAAUUGAUUUUUGUUUUUUUACUUGCAUGCAUAGUAGUCAAACAAUAUAGAAAGGUAUUCAGUGAAAGUCUCUCUCUCGAUCUAUCUCUGAUCUAUGCCCAGUCCCCUCCUUGGAGAUGAUCACUGUUACCAGUGUCUGCUACAUCCUUCCUGAGAGGCUGUAAGCUAGGGGCCGGCCAACUGUGACCCAUGGGCCACAUCCAGCCCACUACCUAAUUUUGCGUGACCCUUAAGCUAAGAAUGGUGUUUAUAUUUGGUGCUGAAAAAAAAAUCAAAAGGAGAAUGAUGUUUUGUGACACAUGAAAUUCAAAUUUUAGUGUCCACAAGUAGAGUUUUAUUGAAACAUAGCCACACUCAUUCAUCUAUGCUUUUUUGUUUCUGCUCAUUUGUUUACUUAUGAGUGGCUGCUUUUGCACUAUGAUGGUAGCAUUGAGUGUAACAGGGACUGUAUGGCCUACAAAGCUAAAAAUAUAUAUCUAACCCUUUACAUAAAAAGUUUGCUGACUCCUGCUCUAGGCAAAUAUAAUAAUAUUGGUAGUUGUUCACAUAAAUUAUUUCUUAGUCCAAGAAGCAUCAUACUAAAUUGAUACUAUCUUCAUUUACCGUAUCUUGUACAGUUCCUUCUCAAUAUGGUCAUGCAUUACUUAAUUUUGGGGCUACAUUCUGAGAAGUGCAUUUUUAGGCAAGUUUGUUGUCAUGCGAACAUGACAGUGUACGUACACAAGCCCAGGUGGUAUAGCCUACUACACACGUAGGCUUUAUGGUGUAGCCUAUUGCUUAAACCUGUACCGCAUGCUACUGUACGGAAUACUGUAGGCAGCUAUAACACAGUGGUAUGUGUGUACCUAAAUAUAGAAAAAGUACAGGAAAAAUGCAGUGUUAUAAUCCUAUGGGAACACUUUUGUAUAUGUGGUCCAUCAUUGACCAGAACGACCUUAUGCGGCGUGUGAUUGUACAAUGAUAUAUUAGUCAGUGGGUGGUCAAUCUUAAUUUGAUUGUAGCAUGCUGAGUUUAAGGUUCAGUCUGGUUACCCUCAGGAAAAUGCUCAGUAGGUGGUUGGGCUCAUGGGACUGAAGCUUGGAGCCUGGAGGUUGAGAUGCGAGGGAGACCUGCAGGGAGUCUUCAGUGUGAAUCUGUCUAUGACCUCAGCCUGCACGUCAAAUAUUUCCCUUAACAGAAAUGAAGCAUUACAUGCUGAGCACUGUACAAAGUAAACUAUGGAUGUUAAUAGAGUGACAGAAAGACAAUGAAUGAGAAACAUGAAACCAGCCACUGGAGGAACAGUAAAUACUACAGGCAAUUUAGAAUUACCUUCUUGAGGCCGGGCGUGGUGGCUCACGCCUGUAAUCCCAGCACUUUGGGAGGCCAAGGUGGGCGGAUCAUGAGGUCAGGAGAUCGAGACCAUCCUGGCUAACACAGUGAAACCCCGUCUCUACUAAAAAUACAAAAAAAUUAGCCGGGCGUGAUGGUGGGUGCCUGUAGUCCCAGCUACUCGGGAGGCUGAGGGAGGAGAAUGGCGUGAACCCGGGAGGCGGAGCUUGCAGUGAGCCAAGAUUGUGCCACUGCACUCCAGCCUGGGCAACAGCCAGACUCUGUCUCAACAAAAAAAAAAAAAGAAAGAAAAAGAAAAAGAAAAAGAAUUACCUUCUUGAAUCAGCUGGCGACUGGAGGUAAUGUGGAGUGGUGAGCAGAGUGGGAAGAGCAAUGGGCAUUUACUGAGUGCCUACCAUGUGCCCAUGUAUACAUGUUACCUUAUUUACUGUGACUCAGGUGGGAUCCUUAGCCUCAUUUUACAGAUGAGGAAACUGAAGCUCAGAGAGGUUAAGUGAUUUUUUUUUCUUGCAAUCAGUGAUCCAAGUGAGUAUCUAGUUGUAUUAAAGCAUGGUUCCAACUGACAUUGAUUGAUUGAUUGACAGGGUCUCGCUCUGUCACCCAGGUUGGAGUGCAAUGGCAUGAUCAUAGGAUCAUAGCUCACUGCAGCCUGGAACCCCUGGCCUCAAGCAAUCCUCCUAAAGUGUUGAGAUUAUAGGCAUGAGCCACUGCCCGGCCCAUCUGACUUGUAAGCCUCUUAUUUUCCUUCUACCAUCCAAGAUGCCCAAUCGGGCUGGGAGUCACUCCCUGGCUUUGCCAAGCCAUGUCAUCAUCCUGGCCUCAGCUCUCUCAUCUGCAAAAUGAGGCAUUUGUUACAAUUGCUACAGUCCCUUCCUAGUCUCACCUGGCCUAAUUCUAUUAUGGGUGGAAACACAAAAGAAAGGGGAGCUCCAUAAGAAGGAUAUGCAGAAAAUUGGGAGAGGUGAGGAAGACAAAUUUAGCCAUUUAUAUAUGUCAGACCCAGUUAUCUAGAAUCGGAUCCUUAGGAGAAUAUUCCCUAAUAUGGAGGAAUAGUCUCAAAAUCUCUGCUCUUAAGCUGGAGACUUGCCUGUUGCCCUUAUUGCCUCGAUCCUGAGUGCCACUUAAGCACCUGGACUUGAACUGCUGGAGGGGUUGGGGCUGGGAGAGACAGUGGAGAGCACCUGGCAGGGCUCUCUCCCAGUGCCUGCACCUCUGGGCUCAGCUCCGCUGGGCUAGCUCAGCUUAGGGUUUCAGGAAUUGCUGCAGCUAGAGGGCUGUCUGAUGUUUCCAAGGAGCAGGCGGGUAGGGAGUGAGGGGAAUGCGAGGGCGGGUAAGCCAUCAGACCCGAGGAACUGGGGGUGUGAGUGUGUUUAUAUAGGACUUGGCCAACCUGCAGUUUCAGAUUUCAGAGCCAGCUUUAUUGGGAGACGUUCCUUAGGUUUUCAGUUAGCGCUGGAGCAAGGAGAGAGCUGACACCAGAGUCUUCCUGGAAGGCUGGGGGAAUUCUGGAAUCCCGGGCUCUCUCCCUGUCUCCUUCCUUCUCAUGGGCAGUGCAUCCGCCACCCUUGGCAGUUUUCUCCGAUCAGAAGUAUUGCUUCACUCCUUCUCAGUCGGCAGUCUGCGUCUCCCAGCUGGGUCCUGACAUCUGGCAUGGAAGCCACAAUGAAAGACGGAACACAUUUCUACACCCAGUGACUGGCCAGGUCCCAGAGGAAAACAAAAAAUUUGACUUGAAAAUAUCGGCCUUGGACAUGUCCAAUAAAACAGGUGGGAAACGCCCGGCUACCACCAACAGUGACAUACCCAACCACAACAUGGUGUCCGAGGUCCCUCCAGAGCGGCCCAGCGUCCGGGCAACUCGCACAGCCCGCAAAGCCGUCGCCUUUGGCAAGCGCUCACACUCCAUGAAGCGGAACCCCAAUGCACCUGUCACCAAGGCGGGCUGGCUCUUCAAACAGGCCAGCUCCGGGGUUAAGCAGUGGAACAAGCGCUGGUUCGUCCUGGUGGAUCGCUGCCUCUUCUACUAUAAAGAUGAGAAGGAAGAGAGUAUCCUGGGCAGCAUCCCCCUCCUGAGCUUCCGGGUAGCCGCAGUGCAGCCCUCAGACAACAUCAGCCGGAAACACACGUUUAAGGUGACUGUGUGCUGGGUGGAUGAGGCCGAGGCUAGCUCCACACGCUGCCUCUCCCCACAGGCUGAGCAUGCCGGGGUCCGCACCUACUUCUUCAGUGCCGAGAGCCCCGAGGAGCAAGAGGCCUGGAUCCAGGCCAUGGGGGAGGCUGCUCGAGUACAGAUCCCUCCAGCCCAGAAGUCAGUGCCCCAAGCUGUGCGGCACAGCCAUGAGAAGCCAGACUCGGAGAACAUCCCACCCAGCAAGCACCACCAGCAGCCACCCCACAACAGCCUCCCCAAGCCUGAGCCAGAGGCCAAGACUCGAGGGGAGGGUGAUGGCCGAGGCUGUGAGAAGGCAGAGAGAAGGCCUGAGAGGCCAGAAGUCAAGAAAGAGCCUCCGGUGAAAGCCAAUGGCCUCCCAGCUGGACCGGAGCCAGCCUCAGAGCCGGGCAGCCCUUACCCCGAGGGCCCAAGAGUGCCAGGGGGUGGGGAACAGCCUGCCCAGCCCAAUGGCUGGCAGUACCACUCCCCAAGCCGGCCAGGGAGCACAGCUUUCCCGUCUCAGGAUGGAGAGACUGGGGGACACCGGCGGAGUUUCCCACCACGCACCAACCCUGACAAAAUUGCCCAGCGCAAGAGCUCCAUGAACCAGCUUCAGCAGUGGGUGAAUCUGCGCCGGGGGGUACCCCCGCCUGAAGACCUUCGGAGUCCCUCUAGGUUCUAUCCUGUGUCUCGCAGGGUCCCUGAGUACUAUGGCCCCUACUCCUCCCAGUACCCCGAUGAUUAUCAGUACUACCCGCCAGGAGUGCGGCCAGAGAGCAUCUGUUCCAUGCCGGCCUAUGAUCGGAUCAGCCCGCCCUGGGCCCUGGAGGACAAGCGCCAUGCCUUCCGCAAUGGGGGUGGCCCUGCCUACCAGCUGCGAGAGUGGAAGGAGCCCGCUAGCUACGGGCGGCAGGAUGCCACCGUCUGGAUCCCAAGCCCCUCCCGGCAGCCAGUCUAUUAUGAUGAGCUGGAUGCCGCCUCUAGCUCCCUGCGCCGCCUGUCCCUGCAGCCCCGCUCCCACUCUGUGCCCCGCUCACCCAGCCAGGGCUCCUACAGCCGUGCCCGCAUUUACUCCCCUGUCCGCUCACCCAGUGCCCGUUUUGAGCGGCUGCCACCUCGCAGUGAGGACAUCUAUGCUGACCCUGCUGCCUAUGUGAUGAGGCGAUCCAUCAGCUCCCCCAAGUAUGAUUACCUGGGAGACAGGCGGCCAGUCCCUGCAGGACUGUUCCCCUACAACUACCCACCAUCCCCCACGGUCCACGAUAAGAUGGAUGAACUUUUAGAUCUUCAGUUGCAAAGAAACCUAGAGUAUUUGGAUCAGCAGAUGAGCGAGAGUGAGACUCUCAUCAGUAUGGUGAACCGCAUGGUGGAAAACUCCUCCCCCAGGUCCCAACUCUUCAUGCAAGUCCCUCCAUACCCAGAAGUGUUCCGGGACAGCCUGCACACCUACAAGUUAAACGAGCAAGACACAGAUAAGCUGCUGGGAAAAUUGUGUGAGCAGAACAAGGUGGUGAGGGAGCAGGACCGGCUGGUGCAGCAGCUCCGAGCUGAGAAGGAGAGCCUGGAAAGUGCCUUGAUGGGGACCCACCAGGAGCUGGAGAUGUUUGGAAGCCAGCCCGCCUACCCAGAAAAGCUGCGACACAAAAAGGAUUCACUGCAGAACCAGCUCAUCAACAUCCGCGUGGAGCUGUCUCAGGCGACCACGGCCCUGACGAACAGCACCAUAGAGUAUGAGCACCUCGAGUCUGAGGUCUCUGCCCUGCACGAUGACCUCUGGGAGCAGCUCAAUUUGGACACCCAGAAUGAGGUGCUGAACCGGCAAAUCCAAAAGGAGAUCUGGAGGAUCCAGGACGUGAUGGAGGGGCUGAGGAAGAACAACCCCUCCCGGGGCACGGACACCGCCAAGCACAGAGGAGGACUUGGCCCCUCAGCCACCUACAGCUCCAACAGCCCGGCCAGCCCCCUCAGCUCUGCCAGCCUCACCAGCCCCCUGAGCCCCUUUUCACUGGUGUCGGGCUCUCAGGGGUCCCCCACCAAGCCUGGCUCCAAUGAGGAACCUGGCCCGCCUCGGCCUCCCCUCCCCAAAGCCUACGUCCCCCUGGAGUCUCCUCCAGCCGUCCCUCCACUCCCUAGCGAGAGCCGCUUCUGGCCCUACCCCAGCUCCCCUUCCUGGCACCGCAGUGGCGAGACAGCCAGGGGGCAGCCCAAGGCAAACUAUGAACAAAGCAAGAAAGACCCCCACCAGACAUUGCCCCUGGACACCCCCAGAGACAUCAGCCUUGUGCCCACCAGGCAAGAGGUAGAGGCAGAGAAGCAGGCAGCUCUCAACAAAGUUGGCGUUGUGCCCCCUCGGACAAAAUCGCCCACUGAUGAUGAGGUGACCCCAUCAGCAGUGGUAAGAAGGAAUGCCAGUGGGCUCACCAAUGGACUCUCCUCCCAGCAGGAACGCCCCAAGAGUGCUGUGUUUCCUGGCGAGGGGAAGGUCAAGAUGAGCGUGGAGGAGCAGAUUGACCGAAUGCGGCGGCACCAGAGUGGCUCCAUGAAGGAGAAGCGGAGGAGCCUGCAGCUCCCGGCCAGCCCGGCCCCCGACCCCAGUCCCCGGCCAGCCUACAAAGUGGUGCGCCGCCACCGCAGCAUCCACGAGGUAGACAUCUCCAACCUGGAGGCAGCCCUGCGGGCAGAGGAGCCUGGCGGGCAUGCCUACGAGACACCCCGGGAGGAAAUUGCCCGGCUUCGCAAAAUGGAGCUAGAGCCCCAGCAUUAUGACGUGGACAUCAAUAAGGAGCUCUCCACUCCAGACAAAGUCCUCAUCCCUGAACGGUACAUUGACCUGGAGCCUGACACUCCCCUGAGCCCUGAGGAGUUGAAGGAGAAGCAGAAGAAGGUGGAGAGGAUCAAGACACUCAUUGCCAAAUCCAGUAUGCAGAACGUGGUGCCCAUCGGCGAGGGGGACUCUGUGGACGUGCCCCAGGACUCAGAGAGCCAGCUGCAGGAGCAGGAGAAGCGGAUUGAAAUCUCCUGCGCCCUGGCGACCGAGGCCUCCCGCAGGGGCCGCAUGCUGUCUGUGCAAUGUGCCACCCCAAGCCCUCCCACCUCCCCUGCUUCCCCGGCUCCUCCAGCAAACCCCCUGUCGUCUGAAUCCCCACGGGGCGCCGACAGCAGCUAUACCAUGCGGGUCUGAGCUCUGACUGCAAGCCCUGGCUGAGGCCAAUGCUGUGAAGCUCCACAGAGCCACAUUCUGAAGCCGUCCUCUGCCCACCUGAGGUCCUGGCUCCCCACCCUGGCCCCCUGCCCCUGCACUCCCAUGGGAAUGCCGCAGGGAGCCAGGCUGGGGCCAUGGGCUGCUGCCGAGAGGACCGUGGAUACCUCAGUGUCCACACACCCACCAUGCCUAGCCCUGGAGCCAUCACUACUCACACCGUGGUCCUGGGCCAGGGCCUGAGAUGACAGUGGGGAGCACCAUCCUCAUUAAUGUCCAAGUCACAGGGAGCCUCAGCCUUGCCCUGGCUGGGGUUGUAGUGACUCCAGUGGAACAUUCCCUGAUGGGGGACAUGCCGUGGUGGAGAACACACCUGUGGCUAUCUUAUGUGAGGACUAGAGGUGAAGAGGAGAUGGACACUGCCUCUGGAGCCAGCCUGACACCAAGGACAGCACUUGUCAUCAUCCCUAUCCUCCUCAGCCCCACCCUGCUGCCUCAGCUGGACCCAGGGCUUUGACACAAACCCAGUGCUUUGCUUAUGGGUGCUCGCUGGGGUCCAGUGGAGACUGACCACCCUGCUUGAGCCAAAGACAAGGUGAUGAGAGAUGGGGAGAGGCCAUUGGCUCCCAGAGGGAACAGUGCUGGCUGUGGCUAGAGAACAGCAGGUCUGUGCAGUGUCUGAGGGCAGGUUGGGAAGGGUAGCAGAGAGAGAGAGAGACAGAAAGAGAGAGAGGGAGAGAGAGAGAGAGAGAGAUCCUCAGAGUGGAAGGAGGGGGAAGCAGCAGGACACAUUGGCAAGUCAAGCAGGAAGGUGGGAGAUGGAAAGGGGAUAUCAGAUUGUUUUCCCCCGGUGGAGCCUUAGGUUAGUGCCCAGUGCAGUGCCAGACUGUCUCCUCUGCUCCUCCCACCUCAUCCCUAGGAGGACCCACCAGUGGAGCACAUGCAGCCUCAGUGGAGAUGCUUGGUGUGGGGAUCUGGGUGAAGGGGGUUGAGUAGCGACUGCCUGGGAGAUGGCUGUUAGUAGGUCUGCGCCUGGUGUCUGCCUCCCCAUCCUGGGGUAAGGGGCAGAGAGAAGGACUUGUCUUAUGUAGGGUGUGGUCAGCCUUGGGGCCUUACCUACCCAGUUCCAUUAUAUUUCUUGCCCUGUUCCCCCUGGAAUGUGCAGUGGGCCAGCUGAGAGUAUGCCUUGAGGAGGGGGGAUGAGGCCUUAAUCUGGGAGGCCUAUCCCCCUAUCCCAGGCAUCCCAGACGAGGACUGGCUGAGGCUAGGCGCUCUCAUGAUCCACCUGCCCCGGGAGGGCAGUGGGGGAGACAGAGAAAAGCAAACGCAUUCCUCCUCAGCUCCACCCACCUGGAGACGAAUGUAGCCAGAGAGGAGGAAGGAGGGAAGCUGAAGACACCGUGGCCCCUUGGCCUCUCUGCUAGAGUUGCCACUCAGAGGCUUCAGCCUGACUUCCAGCGGUCCCAAGAACACCUACUAAUUCCUCUCCACUCCUUCAUGGCUGGGACAGUUACUGGUUCAUAUGCAAGUAAAGAUGACAAUUUACUCAACAAAUAUUUAUCGAGCACCUUUUAUGUACCAGGCACUGUUCUAGGUGCUUAGGAUAUUCUCAUGUUUCUGAGGGAUUACAGCCUGGGAGGAUUCCACCGUUCUUCACUUCUAGCAGGUUUUUUAAACGUGACCCUUGGCUGUAUUUCCCAUCUUCACAGUUCAAGCACCCCAAACCUGCCCUUUGUCCCCUGCAGACUGGCAGGUGGGAUUGGCUCCCAGGUCAUCUCCUCUCUCUCUCUUUCUCCCAAGCCUUUCUGCCUCCACAGGAAACAGAUUUUUCAGGGCCUUCCAUGCCUGCCACUUUGUCCGUCUCUUUUUUUUUUUUUUUAAAGUAAUAUUUUUUAGAAGUACAUGUAAAAUACCAAGAAAUAAUGUCUGCGCCUCUGCCACCUCUCUCUCACCUCUUAUUUCAUAAAGCUGGCUCUUUAUGUUGCUUUACAUGCCUUAAUAUAUGUUUUAUGGAGAUUAUACAUAUUAUAGAUCUAUAUAUGUAA